GAAUUAUCUCCCUUUGGCUGUGAUGUCACGUCACAUGAUUGCCACUAACAUAUCGUCAUAUAGACUUGUAAUUAGCUACCGGCUGAGCUCAGUCGUUUAGAUUUGGUGGACAACAGUAUCUUCUUCCAACGAUUUGAAGUCACCUGACUGCAAUAACAAUGGGUUCGCUACUGCGGAGCGAGGAGAUGACGCUGUGUCAGCUGUUUCUGCAGUCGGAGGCAGCUUACGCAUGUGUGUCGGAACUGGGAGAGCUGGGUCUUGUACAGUUCAGAGAUCUGAAUCCAGAUGUUAAUGCUUUCCAAAGAAAGUUUGUAAACGAAAUCAGAAGAUGUGAAGAAAUGGAGAGGAAACUACGUUUCUUGGAGAAGGAGAUCAAGAAAGAUGGGAUUCCGAUGUUGGAUACGGGAGACAACCCAGAUGCUCCAGCCCCCAGAGAGAUGAUAGACCUGGAGGCCACGUUUGAGAAGCUGGAGAACGAGAUGAAGGAAGUGAAUGCCAACUCGGAAGCUCUGAAGAGGAAUUUCCUGGAGCUGACCGAACUGAAACACAUCCUCCGUAAAACACAGACGUUCUUCGAGGAGGCUGAAUCUCAUCACCAUCAGGCAAUGCAUGAUCCCUACUUGGCGGAAGAAAACAUGGGUCUGCUUGGCGAGGAGGCGCAUCGCGCUGGACAGGCACUCCGACUUGGCUUUGUUGCUGGCGUGAUUCUGCGAGAGAGAAUUCCUGCAUUUGAGAGGAUGCUGUGGCGAGCAUGCCGCGGUAACGUCUUCCUACGACAGGCUGAGAUAGAAGCCCCUCUCGAGGACCCUGUCACAGGGGACCAGGUGUACAAGUCUGUCUUCAUCAUCUUUUUCCAAGGAGACCAACUCAAGAGUCGUGUGAAGAAGAUUUGUGAAGGAUUUAGAGCGACCUUGUAUCCCUGCCCCGAGACUCAGGCAGAGAGGAGGGAGAUGGCCAUCGGCGUGAUGACGAGGAUCGAGGAUCUGAACACUGUGCUGGGCCAGACCCAGGACCACCGACACAGGGUCCUGGUGGCCGCGGCCAAGAACAUCAAGGUGUGGUUCAUCAAAGUGAGGAAGAUCAAGGCCAUCUACCACACACUCAACAUGUUCAAUCUGGACGUCACGCAGAAGUGUCUGAUUGCGGAGUGUUGGUGUCCAGUUGUCGACCUAGACCGCAUCCAGCAGGCUCUCAGGAGAGGCACGGAGAGAAGUGGAAGUAGUGUGCCGUCCAUCCUGAACCGCAUGACAACCAAACAAGAGCCACCGACCUACAACCGCACCAACAAGUUCACCUCCGGCUUCCAGGCCAUCGUGGAUGCCUACGGUGUUGCCAGCUACCGAGAAAUCAAUCCAGCUCCAUUCACCAUCAUCACCUUCCCGUUCCUGUUUGCGGUGAUGUUUGGAGACAUGGGGCACGGUGUCAUCAUGUUCUCCUUCGCCCUGUGGCUGGUUCUCAGGGAGAAACAGCUGAUGGCCAGAAAAAUUGACAAUGAGAUAUGGACCACAAUGUUUGGAGGCCGCUAUAUAAUAUUGCUGAUGGGUGCAUUCUCCAUCUACACUGGCUUUAUCUACAAUGAUGUCUUCUCCAAGUCACUCAACCUGUUUGGUUCGAAGUGGUACCCACAACCAAACCCGUACACGGUCAAAGGCGAAGGUACAUUACAGUUGAAUCCCGCCAACACAACGAUCAAUGGCGACCCUUAUGCCAUUGGCAUAGAUCCUAUCUGGCAGAUGUCUUCCAAUAAGAUUGCAUUUACUAACUCCUUCAAGAUGAAAACCUCGGUCGUUCUGGGAGUGUCACAGAUGUUCUUUGGUGUCACACUCAGUCUGUUCAACCACAGAUACUUCCAGCGACCUCUCAACAUCUUUUGUGAGUUCAUCCCCCAGGUUGUGUUCCUCUUCUGUAUGUUUGGCUAUCUCAUCAUCCUCAUCUUCUACAAGUGGAUUUACUACAACUCCAGCAGCCAUACAACACCAAGUCUGCUCAUUGGGGCAAUCAACAUGUUUCUGUUCAACUACCCUAGUGACACGCCCGAUCUCUAUCCAGGCCAGCGAGGAUUCCAGGCUUUCCUGGUUGUAGUUGCAGUGCUGUGCAUUCCCUGGAUGCUGCUUGUCAAACCAUUCUUCCUCCGAUACCAGCAUCGAUAUGGACAGUUGAAGAGUUUAACUUUCCUGAAUGGCGGCCAGACUGAUGACUCUGAGGUAGCGUUUGUGUCAUUUCCUAAAUCACCAGGGGAAAGUACUAACACUAGCGUGCAGUUCAAACACCAACAGCUCUCCGUCAACAGCGGCGACCUUCUUAACCACGACCAGGAAGUUGUGCAUAACGAAGUGGGGGCCGGACUUCAUCAUGAGGAGGAGGAGGAAAAGGUGUUUGACUUCCCGGAGGUGUUCAUCAACCAGGCCAUCCACACCAUCGAGUACUGCCUAGGCUGCAUCUCACACACUGCGUCCUACCUGCGACUCUGGGCUCUCAGUCUUGCUCAUGCUCAGUUGUCUGAAGUGCUGUGGACCAUGGUCCUGAGAAUCCCCCUGUCCAUCAACGGCUACUUUGGCAGCGUCAUGAUGUUCUUUGUGUUCAUGGCGUGGUCCAGCAUGACUGUAGCUGUGCUAGUUGUCAUGGAGGGACUGUCUGCCUUCCUACAUGCUCUCCGCCUCCACUGGGUGGAGUUCCAGUCCAAGUUCUACAAAGGUGAAGGUUACAAGUUCCAACCCUUCUCCUUUGAACACAUCCUGGACUACGGUGGCGAUGAGUAGCCUUAGUGUGACAGUUUGAAUAAAAUCACUUAACCCACAGUGGUAGGUGUCCGUGCUAACAUAGAAAAUGACAAACAUUUGACUAACAUUUAAUGUCCAUAGGCUUUAGACAGUAUAUUGUUGUCAAAAGGUUGUGUGUGAGAUCUAACUUCUAAAUUUACAUAAUGCUAAUCAGAAGCUGCUAUUUGUCUUCUGCAUAUGUAUUUGUGGAUAAUCAGAAAUGCUUAGGUAGGCAUUUUAUGUAUAAGGUGUUCAUCUUACUCAGCAGCAUUGUAUGAAAAAUAUCAAGAAUUUAACAUGAAGACUGAUUCAAUGAUUGGUGUUUGUUUUUUGUUUUUUUAAUGCUGCACUCGGCAACAUUCCAACUAUUGGCGGUAUUUACAUUGGUGUGUUAUGCAGGGCAAUUUAAUGUGAUAUUUUUGUUAUAAGAGGAUCAUGAUCUUAGCAAUUGUUUCAUCAAAUACACAUUUUCACAUUUUAUGUUGUGAGAGAAUUCUUAUACCUAUUAAUGUAUUUGUUUUUGUUGUGUGGAUAAAGCAAUUAACCCGAUUCCUUAACACAAUGGAUGUGAGAUCAUAUGCCCAGCAAUCUACAUGCAGUCUUUAUAGGUUAUUUUGAAAGAAAACCACAGAAGUUGGUUCUGUAGUGUUCAUAUUGUGAUGCACGUUCAGUUUGGUUGUCCCUAAAAUUGUUGACAUCCAAGGGCGCAGACUUUGUGGAUGCAUGUCAUCAAUAUCACAAUUGCCGUCACAUUGCGAGAAUAUUGCUGAGUGCGGCAUUCAACAACAAACAAAACGUUCAGGCUGACAUGACAUUAAAUACGUUGUAUGGGCUGGUCAAUUACGUCCUCCAUAAUUCAAUGUGUUUUGAAGCCUCUUAAGAGUUGUGGCAUGUAAUUAUCGUCUUGAAUUACAAUUAAAAUUUGGGUUCAGCCAGUUCUUUGAAUCAUUUUGUUCAAGGAUUGUCUAUUGUUUGAGCUUAUUUUAUUAAUUUUCCCACUUUUAGAGCCUGUAACUUACUCUGUGUGUACAUAGAACUUCUAUUGUUAUUUAUUGCUGUUGUACAGUGUUGUAUUAAAUAUGAUGCAGCA